AUGUCAGACGAUAGAGCCCCUCCUCCAACUCCACCACGACCACCCCGUCCCCCGCCUCCUCCGCCUCCUCCACCCGAGACCCCCGAUUCCAAAGUCUCGCCAAUCGUCGGACGGACUGCUCCAACGCCGUUUCUGCAGUCGACACCCGCAUCCUCCUCCGCAACCCCCGCCCCAACAGGACCGUACUUUUUCUACGGCACUCUCUCCGAACCGUCGCUGCUAUCCGAGAUCCUAAAACUCGAUACCGUCCCUCAUCUCCGUCCGGCACGGAUAACAGGGUACGCGGUCAGGAUGUGGGGUGCGUAUCCGGCUUUAGUGUCCGUGCACAAGCAAAACGACGACUCGGCGUUCGAAUCAGAUGGGGAUCCGGAUUCUGUUGUUACUGGCUUCGUCUACCGCGUUGAGACGGUUCAGCAUGCGGAACGGCUGGCGCUGUAUGACGCUAGAAACUAUCGGCCCGAACCGUGCCUUAUUACAUACGCUGAUGCGUACGGGGAUUGGAAGGAGUUAGUUGAGGAACGGGAGCUGGGAUGGGUCUUUAGAUUCGUCGGCGAUCACCACGAGCUCAGCCAUGGUGAUUUAGAUCCGGGGACCUUGGCUGACGGGGAUGGACGGAGUCCUGCGACGAGGACUGAGCCGAAUGAUACGAUCACGACGGGCGAGGUUGAUGGCGGUGCGGGCUCCCUUAGUUCCAUUAUGGCGCGGCUGGGCAGGAUGCAGGAGAUUGAUAGCGGUGGUGAGAUUACGGCGGCGAUAGGGGAUAUGAGGAGGAUUCUGCGGAGGGCUAUUGAGGAUGUUGAGAGGCUUGCGAGUGUGGAGGGGGAAGAACGGGAGGAGGAACGCAGAUGA